CAAACCCGCCCCAAAUGUUCCUCCCCCGUCCUCACCUCGCGUAUACUCCUCUCGGCUGAAAGCGCGCCGCCGACGACGCCUGCCAGCACGCCGACGCGGACCCGGCGGCCCCUUCCUCCACCCUACGCGGACCCUGUUCGCCACGAGGGCCAUCCCGGCGGCUCUGGUUUCCAUCCUGCGCCCCCUCAGUUCCUACCGCCGCCGAAGCAGAUCCUCCCGCAGGCCCCCUUCUCCGUCGCAACCGACAUUCUCUCCGGGACCUGGCCCUUGGAGUAUAGUAGGAUUGGACGAGCCUUCACUGUUGUGGGAUCCCGUUAGAGUUUAUCGUCCCCGAGUGAACCACCAUCCUCGUCUCUGCCUCCUCCAACCCCAGCUCCGUCACCUUCCUAGCCUGCAGUAUCAACCAUGAAACAGCGGCGGGGGUCCCUUGAUAUCCGUCAGAUGUUCUUCAGCUAUUUCAAAUCAAUUGCAAAAUUCAAGGGGUGGCAGUCUAGUCCAUUGAUCCCCGUGGAAGACGCCACGUUACCACUAAUUCACAGAGCUUUGGAUCAGUUUAGGCAUGCGUUCUUUGCGGACCCCCCACCAGACGAAGGCAGUGUAUACUCCCUGAAGUGUAUUCGCACCAAUGGUAAUCUGGAGGACUAUACAGACACUUCACACUGUAGGUUCACUGAGAUUCUUGGUACAUGGUACUCAGGGGACGACAAGGAGAAAAAAAUUACUGAUCUGCUCUCAUAUCUCGAAAUAAUGUGGAAAUUAGAUUGUAAGAGAAUGUAUGUCACAUAUUUUGGUGGUGAUGAAUAUUCAGGUCCUGACACGGAUUUCAUGGAUGUUGUGUUGUCCUUUGUGCCGGAAAGUAAUGUUUCGGCAACCACUUCUAAGGGAAGUUUUUGGAAUGUUGAUGACACUGGUCCAUGUGGGCCAUGUUCAGGAAUUUAUUAUGAUCUCAUUGGAAACAGGAAUCCUGAUACUCCUGUAGUUCUGAAUGACCCUACGUGUCCUCUGCUUUUGAAUCUUGUAUUUAUUCAGGUUAGUUGGUAAUGGUUAUUAAGUGUUUUAUGCAUAAACG